AUGGGUCAGCUCUCGUCUUUCGUAAGAUCCUCUGCUGUAGACACAUCAAUCACGCGGGAUGAAGAUGAUCCCCAGACGCAACCAUGCAUCAUCCACUGGGACCCUAUUCAGGAUGCAUUUGGCCAGCCGGGUAUAAUGCUAGUCCGUUCUAGUUGUGACUUCGCAGAGGGCCUGGGACCCGUUCAAGUCAACCCUAAUCAGCUGCAGACAGAAUCUCUCCGCCCAAGGAAGGUAUCCCAGUCAGACCCGUGCUUUAAACAACUAUACCCAGGCUCCAGCGUCUCUUGGGAGCUGGACUUGCCAUCUGUCUACUUUGAUUCCUUCCAACCAGAAGAACAUUACAAAAUCCGUUGGAUAGGCGGACAAAUCUCCCUGUGGGACUGGGGCACAUUGGCGCAGCACGACGGCCGCAUGCUCGGUCCCAAGUUCCCCGCAGUGGUUUUACCCGGCGGGCCAGAACAGCUACUGAGCAUUAACCCUGCUGAAACCGAUAUAGAAGAAGAGGUACCCCCAUUACCGCCUUCACCCGCCCCCAUUUUGGCAUCUUCCAGGAUGAGUGGCGCCCCGGUCUUCAGCCUUACCAUCGCAGGACCUGCUACGCUAUCAAUGAGAGAUCGCAAUUCACAGGGUCGACUGCGCUAUCCGGUCACAAUGACGCUCUCGUAUGACGCAGCUCCGGAUGGCUUAGACGGAAAGCCAGUCACAUUUCAUACGUUCAUAUUCAAAGAUAUUGAUGAUCGCGACGGGGGUUUCAGGCUCUACUUUAGAAGAAAAGGGGACGACGACUGGAGCUCACAUGAACUUCCGGUCAUCUUUACAUACCACAUGUACAGAUUUUCCAAGUGCGACCCGGUAAAUGUUGGUCGCAACGACCAGGACAAAUUUGCGGCCUUGGCGCCUGGCGAGUCAUGGUCAUUCACGCGGGAGGUGACUGAUUUCCCGAAGAAUGCAGCGCCUGGUGAUGAAUUUCGGUACAGGUUUAAGGGUACGCAGCUUGACUGGUGGGACUGGGGACACUUUCGCGAUCAUGAAAAUACUGUGGUGGGGAUUGAAUACAUAGUCCGCGAUCCGAAAGAUAAUGGGGGUCGGCCAGGGCUUCUGGUGCCGGCCAGUAACUGGGUUGAGUUUACAGUGGUUGAAUGA